AUGGUACACCUUGCCUUUGCCGAUGCUUGUGAACUUUUAAAGCCUCUUGGCAUGGAUAUUUUAAAAAAUACUAGAAAGGUCAUAACAAUUGAUGCCGUCAGUUUUUCUGUCAAGAGCCGGUUAGAAAAAUCAAGAACAAGUGAAUAUUCAAGCCAACGAACAGAAUCCUCCGAUUCAGAUUCGGAAUCGGAUAAUGAUACCACUAAUGUCGUGAAUGACUAUGAACAAGAAGCAUCUGAUUCGGAAGAUGAAUACGAAAGUGAAGUAGAAAUUGGUUCACAAUAUCUGUCGAACGUUAGUAACUGUACGUUCAACGGUAUGCGUAUUUAUGAUACUGUGAAACCUUCACUUGCCCACGCAUAUUUCAAAGUAUUAACCAAUGAUCAGGAAAAGUUUUUACACAAGCAAACGGCUUGCUGGCUCCUCACGCACCAGAAGUCAACUCUUUCUUCGGAUCGUUUAGUACGUGUGAUGACAAAAAAAUAA